AUGGAUAUUGGUGGUUUAACUACAGUAGUGGCAAAUUCAGCCUACAUCAAUGCUCGUGGAAGUAUCGAUGGCUCUAAUCCAACAGCAGCACGAGACAAGAAGUACCAUGCUCGCAUGAAACUACCCCACAUCACUGUCUGUGAAGACCUGGCCGACACCUUGGAUUUGUCUUUUGAUUCUACAUGUGUAGAACAGCCCAUUGGCAAGCGCUUGUUCAGAGAAUUUCUUGACUCCAAGACUGAAUAUCAUGGAGCUUGUCGCUUGUGGAAAGACCUUGAGGACUAUGACAUGGCAGAGGACUCUGAAAGAGUGAAGAAAGCCUCGAAGAUUGUCCAGCGCUACAUGGAUUCUUCUGCCAAGCAUUAUUGCCCAUUUCUCUCUGAGGAGCUCAUCGCAAAAGUGAAAGAAUCUCAAGAAGCUGCAGGUGAUGAUCUGUUCACUGCUGCUUUGGCUUCAACAUUGGACUAUCUUCGAGAAGCCCCGUAUACGUUCUUUUUACAGAGUAUGUACUUGAAGCGCUAUUUGCAGUGGAAGUGGCUUGAAAUGCAGCCCAUGGAUGCAGAUUGGUUCCUAGAUUUCCGUGUGCUUGGCAAAGGGGGCUUUGGGGAGGUAUCUGCAUGUCAAAUGAAAGCCACAGGAAAACUAUAUGCCUGUAAAAAACUUAACAAGAAGAGACUGAAGAAGAGGAAAGGAUACGAGGGGGCGAUGGUGGAGAAGCGCGUUCUUGAGAGGGUCCACAGUCGCUUCAUUGUGUCGCUGGCAUAUGCCUUUCAGACCAAAGAGGAGCUGUGUCUGGUUAUGACGAUCAUGAAUGGAGGAGAUCUCAAGUACCACAUCUAUCUGGUGGAUGAGAACAAUCCAGGGUUUGAGGAACCAAGAGCCUGUUUCUACACGGCACAGAUAAUCCAGGGUUUAGAACACCUUCACCAGAAAAGAAUCAUAUACAGAGAUCUUAAACCUGAAAACGUGUUGCUAGACAAUGAUGGGAACGUCCGUAUUUCUGAUCUCGGCCUGGCAGUAGAGCUGAAAGAGGGGAAGACUAUGACAAAGGGUUAUGCUGGAACUCCAGGAUACAUGCCUCCAGAAAUGCUGAAAGGAGAGAAGUAUGACCACUCUUGUGACUACUUUUCACUUGGUGUGACGCUCUAUGAGUUUAUUGCUGCUAAAAACCCAUUUAGGAACCGCGGAGAGAAGGUGGAAAAAGAGGAGAUGAAGGAGCGCAUGCUAACAUUACAGGUGACUUACAGUGAGCUCUUCAGUGAGGAUGCUAAGUCUCUCUGUGACGGUUUGUUGGCAAAAGAAGCGAGUCAGCGACUGGGCUUUAAAGAUGGAAGCUGUGAUGCACUCCGUGCACAUCCCUUUUUUAAGAAUAUCAACUGGAGGAAGCUGAAUGCAGGCAUCCUGCCUCCUCCUUUUGUGCCGGACCCCAGAGUGGUCUAUGCUAAGAGUUUGGACGACGUUGGGGCUUUUUCUUCUGUGAAAGGCGUCGCUGUGGAAGAUGCCGACAAGACCUUUUUUGAUGAGUUUUCAACUGGCAACAUCGCCAUUCCAUGGCAGGAAGAGAUGAUUGAAAUGGGCCUUUAUGGAGAGCUGAAUGUUUGGGGUCCAGAUGGAACAGUUCCCAAUGACCUCCGCCGGGAGUCCAUACUAGAGCAACCUGCAAAGUCUUCCACCUGCAGUGUGUCCUAA